AUGUCGAGUCAAUUAUCCAGUGAAUGUUGUAUGAAAGUGAUGAAAGAGGAAGCUAUCAAAGCUAGCACAGAAGCGAUUACAAUAUUUGACCUUCAUAGGCAAAUUUUCAGUGUACAAGAAACAAUGGAACACAAUGAGGGGAGGCCUAAUUUAUCUUAUGUUGUCAUACUAAACAGAAGUUGGUGCGAUUGUGGCAAGUUCCAGGCCUUCCAUAUACCUUGCCCCCAUGUCUUUUCAGCAUGCACACUUACUCGCCAGGACGCUUACAACCAUCUAUCUGAUGUUUACAAGGUCAUUACCGUCAUGAAUGUCUACAAUGAAAGCUUCUAUGCGAUAGCAAUGGAGGAACGUUGGCCUCAAUAUCAAGGGGACAUAGUUUCACACAAUGAUGAGAUGCGAAGAAAGAAAAAAGGACGACCAAACAACACGCGUAUUAGAAUAGAAAUGGAUAUGGCUGAUAAAAUGAUAAGAUUAUGUAGUAUAUGUCGUCAACCCGAACACAAUAAGAAAAAAUAUCCCAAUCUCGGAGCAACCUCUGCAUCAUAA